CAAAGCUUGCACGGGCGCUCGCAGCCGAGCGUAAGCCUCGUAAUCUCACGGAGCGACGUGACAAGCGCGCAUGCUCAUUCACAGCAUCAGGAAAUCCGAGGCAGUGCGCCUCGUCCGACGUCAUCUGGCGAAUCAGCUGCGAGGAGGCUUCCGCGUAUACCUCAGGCAGACGAGCAGCCUCAUGCAAGCACGUGGCGUGUCACGCACACAGACCGUCUGCCGUCUUAGGCAUGCUCGCCUGUAUCAGCACGUCUGCGCGAUGACGAAUCGGUAAUUUUCACAGAUCUCGAGCCGUGUUCCAUACCUCAUACGCAGCGUCCAGGCGAUUCCAGACGAUUCAGAUUACCAGCAGA